CCUUAAGUGUCUUUCCAGACAUGCAUCAUGUGUUGUGACUUCUUCAAGUAUUUGGAAGUGCCGGGAGACAGAAGCUGGAAUCAACAUGGGCAAGUGCGACAGGAGACAAAGUUCCAGCCAGCUAAGAGCACAAUGGCGCUGCAGGCGUGCAGCUUCUCUUGGAGUCCAGCCAGUCAGGAGCACAAAGAGGCGGUCCUCCCUCGCAGUGUCUCUGGGACGAGUUGGCGCGCGGGGGACUGGCCCGCAGUCACUUCCUGACAUUCUUGCGUGCAGUCACAGAUUUUUAAGGGCUUCCAAGGCUGAGCAUGUCUUGAUCAAUGUGCCUGCCAUUCAGUGGCUAUAAGAGGUGAGCCCCUGGUAAGUGAGGGGAAUGUGCAGAGGCAGCACCUACUGGGGUUACAGAAGACUGAGGGAGGCCAUAAUUUAUGGCCUGGGUCAGGCCCAGCUGUUGACGUGGAGGUAAAUACUGAUUUCCCUUAAUGGAAGGAGUCUAUGCCAUGGUUGAUGAGAGACAGGAUGGAGCUGAACACAGAGUGAAAACCCUGGAAAGAGCCCAGCUGUUUCCAGAGGACACAGACUGGGGCCUGGAACAGAAGCCUGUAGAAUGAGACCUUCAUGCUUGAGCAGAACAAGCUUCAUUUUGAGGUCCAGGAAUGUCCGCGGAAUCCAAGGGUUUUCCUUUCCCCAAACCUCUGGGGCAUCUGAUUAGGAAAAGAGUAGCAAACAACACAGUGGCUUGUUGUAAACUUACAUGAGACUGUUCCCAGUAGUGGGGGAAAGUCCUUGUAUUUUAGGGUUGUCUAGAAGUAUGUAUUGUCCUCAAAUCCACACUUAUAUACCCAUGUAUGCUUCACGUGGAACUGUUUCACAUCAGUUAAAGAGUGCUGUUGACAUGAUCUAACGUCAACUCUCUUCUACCAUUCAGGGCUAGCUCUCUAAGGUACUAUUUUCUCUUCCCCGGUGGAGAUUUAGUAAUGUGGUUCCUGUGACCCAUCAAAGGAUGUACUUUAUUGGAUUCAAGUCAUCUCUAGUUUUGCCAUCCUGUGCAAGGCCUACUGGUAUCCUGAGCGCUGGUCAGGAGAGUGAUUCAGUGAGGCCAAUUUCAGAGAGAAAGAUAUUGACCGGAGUCCCUCCGAAGAGGGGCACCAUGAAGCGAAAACAAAAAAGGAAACAUUUGGAAAGCACAUACUCCACCCAAAGUGUCAAGAAGUCAAGAGGAAAUCAACUGGAAAACACGAAAGAGGGUAAUUUCUCAUCAAACCUGAAUUUGCAACUUCUGCAACAUGGACACCAGGGAAUGCCCCCAACUCAAGACCAGACGGCAAGGGGAGAUUCUUCUUCAGAUCGCUUCUCCGGCAAGUCUUCAGAAAACAAAGUCGUUGCUGCUGGAAUCUCCAAGUCACCCAUCAAUGAUCUUCCUCCUGAGUCCUUUUGGGAAGACACCCCUGUGCUCUCUGAGUCAAAACACGCACCCUCUGAAGUGGAGUAUUUAUCCGGCAACUCGUCCUUCUACCGUCGCUCUUGUGCUGGCAGGACAGAGGAAUUGUGUGCAUUCAUUUCAGGAAAAACAUCAUUUAUCGAGGGAAGAAGGAAAUCUAAGGCACAGUACCCACAACUGUUUUGGCGUCACUGAAGCUUAUAAGUUACAAAUUAAUAUAACGUGAAACCAUCGUUUGUAGUCUUCUAGUAAUACCUUACCACAGAAAAUAGACAAGAGCCACGGAUCCUGAGUUUUUGACGUUAAACCAUCUUCUCUACUGAAUGACUUGCUAAAUGGAGCUCACAAUCGAAAACUACAAAACAGGGGCUCUUGGGUGGCUCAGUUGGUUUGGCCACUGAUUUCGGCUUAGGUCAUGAUCUCCCAGUUUGUGUG